UUGGCCUGUGUGUGGCUGGGGACUGUAGUGGUAUGUUGAAGUGCUUUUGCUUAUAAGAGAAAUCCCUGGGCACAUUUAUUGUGAAUUAUUCCCACAUUUAUUUACAAAUUUGGGAGAAAAACCCAGUGUUUGUGCCAAUGUUGGAAAUAUGAAUGGCAGUGCGUGGCUGGCUACCCUAGAAGCAUGUUUCCCCAAAAUGCUGUCUGAUGUUCCCUUCCCUGGGAAGGGACAGCCUCAAGUCAUGGUUCAGGCAUCAGAACUACAGGAAUAGUCCUGUGAGAGAGAGAAAUAGUGGAGUUUCCUGUGAGGAAGCACCUGUACUUAUUCCAGCUGCAGUAUUCAUUGGGCUUCACAAUGAUGACUCCUGUGGAUGCUUUGGCCAUGAGGACUGUGGGAAAAGCUGUGCGAUGCUGUCCUCAGUUCUGGCUGCCUUUAUUGGGAUCAUUGGUUCUGGAUAUUGUAUAAUCAUUUCAGCACUGGCCUUGUCUCAUGGACCAUACUGUUUUACUCACUUAGAAAGAAACUGGAUCUAUCCUUUCACUGAAUCCUCUGGAGGGUACUUGUUUGAGUAUAACAGGUGGUCUGAAUGUCAAGAACCUCAUAACAUUGUGCAGUGGAAUGUCACCCUCUUUUCCAUCCUUCUUGUCUUGGGAGGAAUAGAGUUCAUUCUGUGCUUCAUACAGAUAAUCAACGGCAUUCUUGGAGGACUGUGUGGGUUGUGCUGCAGUCAUGAGGAGACAUACGCUUGCUAGAAACUUGGCAAUGUAUUGACGUCGGUACAUAUGUGUGAUGUAUUGAGAUAUCUGUGGGGUUUUGGGGGUUUGGAAGUUUGGGGGUUUUGGUUUGUUGUGGGGUUUUUUUGUUGUUUUUGUUGGUUGGUUCUGGCUUUUGGGGGGGGGGGAGGUUGGGCAUUGUUUUUUUCUUUUGUUUUGUUUUUACAUUCCAUGCUUACUAAAAUGCACGUUGUUUGUCGUCAAACUGUGCUAUUGCCAUCAAUUUAACUGACUUGAGGCCAGCCUUUGUUGUUAGUCAUAUGUGUGUUUUCCAACCUGCCUGUAUCUAAAGCCAAAAUGUAUCCUGAAUUUCUCUGGUUCAUUUCAUUUUAGUAUGGGCAACUGCCUGAACGCAUGUCACUAUAGAUGUUGGGUUUGUGCUUUUUCUUUCUACUGACAAAACGGCUCUGUACUUUAUGUUGUUUUCCUAGUAAAGUUGCACUUUGUUGGAAUGAGCACAAACCCAACCUAGUGUGUCCUGGUAUAAAGGAAUACUAGGCUGGAACAAAAAUAAAGCAGCAGUAAAAUGUGGGUUAUUGAGUGCAGAUAUAUGUGCUUCACCUCUUCAGAAGUUUUCUGAACUUCUGUAUUUCACAAAUAAAGAUUUAUAUUAAAAACA